AUGGCUUCCUUCUUCAAGACAGUAGACAUAAUGGCUGGCUUUCCGAAUACGCUGGGUCUCCUCGCUGGUAACACGGUGAUCAACAAUGAUUCUACCAUGCCCGCAGCCGGCGUUCUCAAAACCGCCGUGCGGGAUUUGAAGAAGUACAUGAAGCUCCGAAAUGAAGCUAAUGGGCAACGCGUGAUUCCCAUUGGGUAUAGUGCGGCGACGAGCAGUGCAAGGGACCAGGAGAUAUUGGAAUAUCUGACUGCCGGCGAUAAUGACAUGUCGAUUGAUUUCUGGACGUGCUCGAACUUUGAAUGGAAGAAGAAAUCCGACACGACCGGAUCCGGGUACGACGACCUGCUCCACAGAUUCAGCAACACCACCAUACCAAUAUUCUUCUCAGAAUACGGCAACCCCUCUCGCCAGCCCCGUCUUUUCCAAGAAACAACUGCCCUGUACUCGCCCGCUAUGAGCCGCAUCUUCUCCGGCGGGUGCGCGUACGAGUUUUGGGAAAGUGCAAAUGGCUACGGAUUGGCAAAACCCGACGAUGAGAACAAGAUUUUUGAAAGACGCGAGACGGAUAGAGGAAUAUUGCUCGUUUUCAACGACUUCGUGAAUUACAAGAGUAAGUUGGCUGAGGUUGGUGAUAUCGCGGUAGAGGACGUCUCCGAGGCUACUGAAAGAGAGGGGGAACAAGGAGAGACUGGCAAGAAAGCUAGCGGACCGUGGCAGGAUAAAUUUCGCAUGUUGGAAAGUUGUGUCGACUGGCAUGAGGUGGAGGCAUCUUAG